CGCAGGCGGCCCGGGCGCAUGCGCGGCGGGUCCGCAUCACGCCCCCUCCCACCCUGCGCCCCCUCCCACCCCGUCUCCCUCCGCGCUAUAUAAGGCGGGCGCGGCGGGGCUCCCGGCUCCGCAGUGUGCGUGGGCGGGCGCGGCGGCUCCGCGCAGCGGUGCGGCCACCCGCGCGGCCUCCUCCGUCCUCUCAGCCCGGGCCCAGCGGCAGCGCCAUGAGUUCGGGGACCCCCUACAUCGGCAGCAAGAUCAGCCUGAUCUCCAAGGCGCAGAUCCGCUAUGAGGGCAUCCUCUACACCAUCGACACCGAGAACUCCACCGUAGCGCUGGCCAAGGUGCGAUCCUUUGGUACUGAAGACCGGCCUACAGACAGACCUGCUCCUCCGAGAGAAGAAAUCUAUGAGUACAUUAUUUUUCGAGGGAGUGACAUCAAAGACAUCACUGUCUGUGAACCUCCAAAAGCUCAACAUACUCUGCCACAAGAUCCUGCCAUUGUUCAAUCUUCACUGGGCUCUGCCUCUACAUCAUCCUUUCAGCCACAUGUGCCUUACAGCCCGUUUAGAGGUAUGCCACCUUACAGCCAGCUCGCUGCCAGCUCUUUACUUAGCCAUCAGUACGCAGCUUCGUUAGGUUUAGAGAAAUUGGUAAGCCCUCCAGCAUCAGCAGCUGCUUCCAGCCCUAGUUCUUCUCCGUCUCCACAACCUGUUUCAGAGCCUGACAUGUCUUCAGAGCCCCAUCAGCUUUCUUCCAAGGGUGCUGGCUUUCCUUCUGUUCACCCAGUGCGCAAAAGCCCCAUGGUGGAGCAGGCUGUGCAGACCGGCCCAGUCGACAACGUGAAUUCACAAAAGCCUCCCCCGGUGAAAGUGACUCCAGGGGCUCAGCGCAAUGGGCGGCAGGUUCCGCAGAGCAACAGUAAGACAAAUGUAGACGCAGUUCAGGCAGCACCUGUGCCGACCCAGGGACAGGUGAAUGAUGAAAACAGAAGACCUCAAAGGAGAAGAUCAGGAAACAGGAGAACCAGAAACCGCUCUAGAGGACAAAACAGACCAACUACUGUGAAGGAAAAUACAAUAAAGUUUGAAAGUGACUUUGACUUUGAAAGUGCAAAUGCACAAUUCAACAGAGAGGAACUUGAUAAAGAAUUCAAGAAGAAGCUAAACUUUAAAGAUGACAAAGCAGAGACGGGGGAAGAAAAAGGGGACCCUGGGGUGGCAACUCAAAACAACGAUGGUAACGUAGAGGAGGACCUUCUGGGACCCAACUGCUACUAUGAUAAAUCCAAGUCUUUCUUUGACAACAUUUCUUCAGAACUCAAAUCGAGUUCUAGGCGCACCACGUGGGCUGAAGAAAGGAAGCUCAACACGGAGACGUUUGGAGUGUCCGGACGGUUCCUUCGUGGCCGCAGCUUUCGUGGGGGAUUUCGAGGUGGAAGGGGAAGCGGAGCAGCGAGGCGAACCCAAACCACUCACAGAGCUGGUACUGGCAGAGUGUAACUCCAGAGGUUCUAACAUCUGUCCCGAGAGGAUGAAAUUGUAAAUAGAAAGAAAACAACCAACUGCUGCACUAAUGUGCGAAAUUGUUCGUAUUGUUUACUGUCUCAGCUCAAGUGACAGAACUUCAUGUACUACUGCUUAUAUUCUGGACUUAUUUUGGACCAGCAACUGUCAGCUGGAAUAUUCUUUGGAAGAGGGAAUGUGUUCAGGGGUACCUUCUUCAGGGUGUCUUUUUAUUUGUGUUUGGUUUGGUUUUUUAAGUGCAGACUAACAUGGUUCUUCUUUCUGGGUCUCUCAAAGGCUGCUAUAGUUUGAAGUCAGAUUCCUUUUCUGAACCCUGAAGAAGACAAAUCAUGCUAUUUUAACACAGAACCAAAGCUCACCUGAAAUAAACCAGCUCUAAUUUGUUUGUUCUGAGUAACCAAACGGAUUCUUUGGUGCUGCUGGUCUCACAGUUCUCAGCAGCAGGUGUGAAGUAGCACUUGGUAUCUGGAAGAACAGAUUCCUGGUGCUGAGGAGUUGUGUAUAUUGUCACUUGGGAAUACUGGAUUGUUGAUCAUGUAGUAGUGUCAAUGACUGUACAACUGUUUGCCAGCCGGUGCUAGUGUGGCGGUACUACAGGUUUACACAGUGCUGGGCGCUCCCCGGAGGUUUGGGGCUUGGGGGCUGGUGCUGUGUCCUCGGCAGGACGGGAGCGAGUGGCUGCGCCCCUGCGCGCAGGUCACAGUUUUUGGCAGCAGUUGCUGUCUGGGAAGGGGAUCAGAGCUCCCAGUUCUGCCCCCGUUCGUACCUCACCCACAGGUAGCGCUGGGCGCAAACAGUUCUCUGUACACUAGUAGGCUGUGGUGGAACGCUAUGGAAUGUUUUCAUUAAGCUAGGGAUGGGAUCCAUGUAAUGAAGCUUAGCAGAUGGGCAUGUUUAAUUUGUUUCCUCUGUACCCCCCCAUACUGUAAAUAGUUUAGUUUUUCUUUUGUUUUUUAAAAAAAUCUGUAUGUGGGGAGAGGGGCUGGGAGGGGGGUUACAUUUCUUUGCAUGAAUAUGUGGGUUAAAUUGCUAUAGGCAUGUGUCCCUUUUUUGGUUGGUAGGGAGUUUUGUUGAAAAAGCACCUUGAUGACCGAACCCCUUACAUAGCUAGAAUUUUUUAGUUACGCGUUGACCUAGGUUACUGUAAAAGCUUGGAUUUAUUUUUGUAGGACUUUAUUGCUGAGAAUUAGAACAUAGCAGUGGGGCUGCUCUUUGGAGUAAUGUAAAUUGUAAUUAUAAUAAACAUGUAAAUGUUUAA